UUGAAUGCAUUGGACCAUGGCUUCUAGGAGGCCUUCUGCGCCGUAGGCCGUGUCCUGGAGACGGACCUUGGAUUCAAACGGGGGCGGUUCCGUCAAAGGAUAACGCGACAUGGCAGUUCAUAACGCACCACGGCCAUGAGUUCUGCCACGCAUGUAUUUACGCGAGAAGUCGUCCACGGAAGGAUUCACCUACUGCUAGUGACACAAUGUACAACUCGGAGCCACGGCGAGCGCUCGCUUUCUCCCUCUGUGUCUUCCCGAAGCGCACAUGUGUAGACAUAACGCAUCGAGUUCUGCUCCUGCAUCGCCCGUCGCUUGAUGAAAUGCCAUUUCUAUUUUUAGUUGUUACGUCAAGUGAGAUUCAAGAGGCCCAGUGAAAUAGAACCUGCCAAGCAUCCAAACACCCUCGCUCCCUCUCCAUCUCACACACACACACACACAGCCCCCCCCCCCCCCCCCCCCACACACACACACACACACACACACACACAGAUUGAAACCCCUGUGCCCCCUUGGAGGCUAUCACUAUUGAUCACCCAUAUGUGGACAUAUAGUUGGCAUUGGCUAACACGUGGGGACAGGCUUUCUCCCGGCUCUGUGAUUGAAAGCGGCAAAGGCAAUUGGCCUCUCUGGUCGUCUGUCUUCCACAUCUCCCUUCCCCCGUCUUUAGAGGGGGGCCAUUUUAUUGACAUGAGUAAUGCAAGCAGCCGAUUGAGGCUGCUUGCUCUGGACUGUUUUGAGUGAAGGCCGCUUUGCAUUGGAUAAUGGCAGCCACCACACCACGGCUUGACAUACGUGUGUGUGUGUGAUGGUUGUGUGUUUGUGUGUGUGUGUGUGUGUGUGUGUGCGUUUCUUUGUGUGUGUGUGUGUGCUUGUUCGUGUGCGCCUGUGUGUUUGUACCCAUGGGAGCAGAGGCGUUGUACGUCACCUGCAGGCUGCAGAAUUGCACCGAGGCCAACAAGGGAAAGCCGUUCCCUGGCUUCAUUGACCCCAAUUCCCUGGUGGUGCAGGAUGAGUACGUCUUCGUCCAGGUUUCCACCAGCAGCCGCACUAUCUACUACGUUUCAGCCCAGCGAGACGUCUUCACACCCAUGAAGCUGCCCAAGUACACCUUGCCCAAGGACCUGCACGUGAUCAGCACGGACGAGAACCGCGUGGUGGCGGCGGUGCGGGAGUGGAACCAGAACGAGACCUACAACCUGUACGUGUCGGAGGCCACCGGGGUGCACUACACGCUGGCCCUGGAGAACGUGGUCAGCAGCAUGGGCCCCGAGGGCAACGUCAUGGUGGACCUCUACGAGGUGGCAGGGAUUAAAGGCAUGUUCCUCGCCAACAAAAGGUUGGAUGAGCAGGUGAAGACCUACAUCACCUUCAACAGAGGCAGAGACUGGAGGCUUCUGCAGGCACCCAACACAGACCUGAGAGGAAACAACAUCCACUGUGUGCUGCCGUACUGCUCGCUGCACCUCCACCUGCAGGUCUCGGGCAACCCCUACACAUCAGGGAACAUCGCCAGCAAGGACUCGGCUCCGGGAAUCAUUGUGGCUUCGGGCUCCAUCGGCUCUGAGCUGACCAAUGGCAACGUGAGCGUGUUCAUUACAUCUGAUGCGGGCAACACAUGGAGACAGAUCUUUGAUGAAGAGUAUGCCGUUCUGUACCUGGACCAAGGAGGAGCCUUGGUGGCAAUCAGACACACUCCGCUGCCCAUCCGGCACCUGUGGUUGAGCUUUGACGAAGGUCGCCAGUGGAACAAGUACAGCUUUACCAGCUCUCCUCUGUUCGUGGACGGCGUGCUGGGGGAGCCCGGCGAGGAGACUUUGAUCAUGACGUGAGUGGUGGAAGGACCCCAGCACGGAUCAUGUUAUUACACUGGUUCAAAAGUCGGAGUUGACAUGAAGUCAUGCAAAUUAUUCAU